AUGCCGUAUAGCAAGUAUCAUGAGACUGUGUUCAACGAUGGACACCAAGUAACGGGAGUAGACUUUACUGGAAGCCCCGGAGCAACACCUUGGACUGGAUCUGACGUCUACCCGAAUAAUAACGCACAUGUGCGUGUUCGUGCAGUGGUGAUGACACGUGAUGACUCCAGUGGCGGUUGGGUGCAGCUUGGAGGUGGCGGCCUCAGUCAUGUGGUCAUAUGUAAAGGGAGGAGUCACGACGGCAGGGGGCGGAGAGAGUACAUCAUACGUGGAGAAAGGCUGCGAGAUCGAGCAGUGAUGUUGGAGUGCGCAGUGCAAAGGGGGUUAGUGUACAACAAGGUGAACCCCAUCUUCCAUCACUGGCGAGUAGAGGAUCGCAAGUUUGGCCUUACGUUCCAGAGUCCUGCCGAUGCCAUCUCCUUCGAGAAAGGGCUGCAGACCGUCAUAGACAAGCUCGACAGAGGUACAGAUACAACAAAAGCUCUGACUCGCCCUCGUCCUCCACGCCAGAAGAGGCCGACACCGAAGAUGACGGACAAGCUGUGA